GAGUGCCAGCUUUCCAGCACUUGACGUAUCUGACGUGCGUAUGCUUAUAUUUCUUAUGACAGAUCGCGCUGUAAUCAGAACCUAAAUGAUUAAUAUUCCUGAUAGGCAAUUCCGCCGGUUAUGAAAGGUCCUCGAGUAUGGUAUAGUUGCUAGUAUGUAUUAAUUUUAGAAAAAUAUUAUUCAUGCAAGGAUGGGUCAGUAUGUUUCGAGGACCGAUUUCGAAUGGGUUUACACGGAAGAACCGCAUGCAUCACGGCGUAAAAUAAUAUUGGAAAAAUAUCCGCAAAUAAAAAGACUGUUUGGAUACGAUCCAAUGUUCAAAUGGAUAGUCACAGGAUUGGUUUUAACUCAAUUUAUAUCCUUGUAUUUUGUAAAAGAUUUGAGCUAUCCAAUGCUUCUCCUUGUAGCAUAUUGUUUCGGAGGGGUGAUUAAUCACUCUCUUAUGUUAGCAAUACAUGAAAUAGCACAUAAUCUUGCCUUUGGUCAUUCCAGACCUAUGGCCAAUAGAUUAUUUGGAUAUUUUGCCAAUUUACCUAUAGGUAUACCAGUGUCUAUUAGUUUCAAGAAAUAUCAUCUUAUACACCAUCGUUAUCAAGGAGAUGAAGUAUUGGAUACUGAUUUACCAACAUUAAUAGAAGCCAAAUUAUUUUGCACAACAUUCGGAAAGUUCUGUUGGGUACUUCUACAGCCAUUUUUUUAUGCCUUUAGGCCUCUAGUUGUUUAUCCAUUGGCACCUACAUACAUGGAGUUUAUUAAUUUAGUAAUACAACUUAUAUUUGAUGGGUUCAUAUGGUAUUUAUUUGGUGGAAAAGUUCUAGUUUAUUUACUUUCUGGUUCAGCAUUGGCUAUGGGUUUACAUCCUGUAGCUGGCCAUUUUAUAUCAGAACACUAUAUGUAUAAAAAAGGUUUCGAAACCUACAGUUACUAUGGUCCAUUAAAUUGGAUUACAUUUAAUGUUGGAUAUCACAAUGAACAUCAUGAUUUUCCUGCUGUUCCUGGUUCAAGAUUACCAGAGGUGAAAAGAAUAGCCCCCGAAUUUUAUGAUAAUUUACCACAACAUAAUUCUUGGACUUCUGUUUUGUACGACUUUGUUACUGAUCCAGAUAUUGGUCCCUAUGCUAGAAUAAAAAGGAAACAUAGAGGACUUUCUUCAUAACGUAGAAAUAUCAUAUUUUCCAAAAUUAUAUACUUUGAAAUCAUAUAAUUUAGAAGUUAAAUUUAUAUACACAAUUAAUAUAUUGAGUAUUAUGAUUAAUUUACUAUAUUCUUUCCAGUAUUACAUGUUAAAA